AUGGAGCAUUUGCCGAUUCACUUGCCUCACGAAGCUAGCCUUGGAGGACCUGUGCAGUUUAGAUGGAUGUAUUGUUUUGAACGAUUCAUGGGCCAUCUAAAGAAAAAAGUGAAGAAUAAGGCAAAGGUAGAAGGUUCCAUUGUUGAGCAAUACAUCAAUGAAGAAAUUUCUACCUUUUGUAGUUAUUACUUUGAGCCACACAUUAAGACAAAAACCCGGAGAGAAGAUCGACACUAUGAUGGAGGUAAUCCAGAAGAUACACUGGUUGAAGCAAUACCAGAUAUAUUUUCUCAACCUGGAAGAGGAAGUGGUAAAGAAAAAGAAACAUGGUUCAAGGAAGAAGAUUAUCAUAUCGCACAUACAUAUGUUUUGCGGAACUGCGAUCAACUAAGACCAUUUGAAAGGUUAUUUGAUGCGAGUUUAAUUGCUGCACAUCCUGGAAUGCGCGAAAACGAACUAAUUGAGUUGGGAGAAAAAACUUAUGCAAGUUGGUUAAAAAAACAUGUGGAGGAUACUUGGAAUGAUAAUGCAUAUCCUAAGUGGUUGAUGAGUCUCGUUCAUGGUCCGUUGGUUCAAGUUACUUCCUGGCCAAUGUACUUUUGCCGUGGAUAUAUAUUUCAUACAUAUGAUCAUGGGAAAGACAAAAAGAAUGCUAAUUAUGGAGUUUGCGUCAAAGGUACAUCAUCUAGUGGCUCAGGUGGUGAACCUGGUUUCUAUGGAGUACUGAGAGAGAUUUUGGAGCUUCAUUAUUCCGGACCACCUGAUCUUAAACUUGUGGUCUUCAAAUGUGAUUGGUAUGAUUCAACCAUUGGGAGAGGAGUACGAAUUAACAAGUCAGGGAUUAUCGAUAUCAAUGAGAAAUGGCGCUAUGGAAAAUAUGAUCCAUUUGUUUUUGCUUCACAAGCAGAUCAAGUAUGUUAUGUUCCAUAUCCACGGAUGACGCAGCCGAGAAAAUAUCAACAUUGGACAGCAUGCAUUAGGAUACCAUCAAGGGGAAAAGUAUUGGUACAUCAAAAUUUGGAUUUCAAUGCAAUGCAACAGGAAAAUGAUAAUUCUAUUGUUCAGGCUGCUGCAGUGAACGUCGAGACACUAACACAUGGCCAAGCAGAAGAUCUUGAUGAUCCAGAAGUAGAAGCAGAAAAAGGAUCAGAUGAUGAAGAUGGAAAUUUUGAUAUUGAAUUAACCAGUGACGAGUCUGAAUAA